GAGCGGGAAAACAGAACUCUGAUCGAGAUGACUCGCGAUGCGGACGGAGUUUCCCGGGCAAGGCGAGAGAAGGCACAGAACGAGUGCCAUUGGCUGCGAUAAUUGCAAUCAACGCCAGACCCCCAAGGUGCGCGUGCCCAUGGCUAUAAAUAGGGGGCAUUGGAGUGGGCGUGCACACGCAACUCCACAGCGGUCGCCAAAGACGAUGUGCAGAUGGUUUAUUAACAACCCCUCCCCCCGCAUCACACCGCUUAAAAGAACCGGGAUUUUUUUCCCCCCCACCCCAAAUACAAUCGUUGAAUUAAAAGUUUUGCUGAACUUAAAGGUCGUUGUCUCUCUCUUCCUCCAUCCAUCCGAGCCACCUUCCAUUGUCACCACAAACUCGUGUGUGGACUUUAUUUUUGUUUAAAGCAUCCGAGCAAACGCUUCUAAAUCGCCAACGAUCCACCUGUUUUACCACCACCACCACCGCUCCCACCACCACCAACCACACCCCCCAACACGGAGAGCAGUAGCCGAAGGAGUUGGGAAGGACGAGUUGGUUCUUCCGCGUGCGAGAUGCAGGGCUGCUCCGUGCGAGAGAUGGCGGCGAGAUUCAGUGACGUGCUCCGAGCAGCCCCUGCUGGCCUCGUGGCGUCGACAUCGACGUCAGGAGCCGGACCUGAGGAUGAAAGCGACCCCAACUCGACCGGUCUUCCGCACCACUGCAUGAAUGUCCCAACAAUGACGCGCAUUCCCUGUCCGGGCAUGGUGCCGUUGCCACCACCGGCACCACCGGCACCACCGGCACCACCGGCACCACCGGCACCACCUUCGAAGGCAGCGUCAUCCUCGUCGUCGUCAUUGCCGGCGUCGUCGUCGUCCGUGGCUGGUGCCGAGGGCGACACGGCAGCGCCGCCGGGCCACCACGCCUUCCGCGCCACGCAGGUGUGGAGUGAGCUGGUGGCGACGCUGCGGGGCCACGUGGACGCGAGGAGGAGGAGGGUGCAGCUCCGCUACCACGACGACUGCUUCACGGGCGCCGACGCGGUGGACGUGCUGAUCACGCACCUCGCGAGGACGCCGCGCUUCGCCACCUCCUGCGAGCUGUCCAGGAUCCAGGUGACGCGGCUGUGCCAGUCGUUUGUGGACUGCGGGGAGCUGGAGCCGGUGGGCAGCGCGCGACGCUUCGGCUUCUUCGGGGAGAAGCGCGCUCCCACGUUCGAGGACGGCAGCUCCAGCUUCUACCGCUUCCCGCUCGAGGGCGGCGGAGUGGCGCGGUCGGCCGUCGGUUCGAAGGAGGCGAAGGACAGGCCAGAAGACUCCAGCCUGAUGUCCAACUGCACUGCGGUCGAGUCGAGCGACCAGGCCCUGGAGAAGAUGUUCAGCAGCGUGAACCUCCUAGGGCCCUCGCUCUCGGCCACUGCUGACAACGCUCCACAGCGGGGCUGCUUGCUCUCCAAAAAGGCCGUGGCGGAGGUGUGGAGGCACCAGACACUGCUGCGACUGCUCCAGCUCAUAGACCUCGCCGUGCUCGACUCGGUGCUGGAGUCGCCACCCUCCUCGCCCAAGCGCGGCAAGAAGCGGGCGCCGGCGGUGUCGCCCGCGCCGCCCCCGCCCACCGCCACUGACGACGACGAACUCGUCGUCCACAACCCCUACCUGGAGCUGACGGACGCCGGCCUCAGCCUGCCUGUCUUGGACGAGUGGCUGGCGGCCGCGCUGGACUGCCUGGACCACCUCCCCGACGCGCUCGUGGUGGAGGUGACGCAGAGGCUGCCGCGGGGCUGGGGCGGGGCGCACGGCGGCCCCGCCAGCGCCGUGGACCGCCCGGACGACGACGACGGCGACGCCGCCGCCAAGCGCGUCCUCUUUGACGUCGUCGGCCGCCACUACGGGCAGGCGAAGCGGCCGCUGCUCGAGAACCGCCUCUUCGACGUCCACACGGCAAUCCUGGAGCUCAUACUCAAGGACAGCACCGCGGUGGCCCUGGAGGCCACGCAGCUCUGCCUGCGGCUGCUGGAGGCGAGCGUCCGCGAGGAGCUGCGGGCGCUGCUCCGGCUCAUGCACGUGGCGGCGCUCGCGAGCUCCUACCGGCUGCACAAGCAGACCGACAAUCUCGCCGUGGUGCGACGGACGUUCGGCAAGGCGAUCGUGCAGAACAAGGCCCUCUCCAAGAGCCACGCCGAGCUGCUCAUCUCCUUCCUGAUGGACAACCACACGGAGAUCUUCAAGGUGCCGGUGUCGCUGCACGUCAUGGUGAGCGAGCGGCUGGCGAGCCUGCAGGGGGGCGGCGACCCCAACCGACUGCCGGGCUUCACGUACUGCGUGCGGCAGUCGCGCGCCGAGUACGCCGCAGAGGGCGCAAGGGCCACGGAGGAGGCGCUGCGCGGGCUCGUGGCCAGCGUGAGCGAGGACACGGCGCGCUCCGCCAAGCACAAGCGGCGGCUGCUCAAGGAGCUGCAGAGGCAUCACCCACAGGCCUUCUCGCAGCACUUUGCCACCAUGCUGUGAUGCGUGCAGCAGGUGUAUUGAGAAACUGGAAUGCGAUGACGGUGGCUUCAGCAUCGGAGAUUUUUGCAACCGGAUGGGACACGCGCAGCCCUUGCAGCUUCGCCGGAGAAUGGCCCAUCUGGUAGGAUUUGGAGCACUGAAAAAUCUUAAUUUUCGGAAUCUUCACCUCGUCCCCCCGACCAUCAAUAAUUAAUUCGCCUGCAUCGUAGAUUGUAAGAAACUGCCACGAGCGUCCCACUGGUAUUCACGAUGAAGCCAUAGUUUUGUUCACCUGGUGGUUUUCAUGCCGCUGCUCAGCUGUGAAACUUUUUGACUGGCGCUUAAAGUGGCAUCUGUGCAUGUUCCCGGAAGGCGCUUGUUUCUGCCAUGUGCUAAAGGUCACACAUUUUGACUCGAGGAUUGGAAUUGCUGUAGUGCCUUCUGCGGUAAUGAUUGCUUUUUACCCGUUCUUGGUUGCAACUCCCUAUCUGUAGCACCAAAGUGUUGUGAAUGUUGUUUGCGAUGAAAAUGCCCUGCAAGUGAAAGUGGUACAUGUUCUCUUUAUUUCGUUGGUAUUAGCUGUGGGUCUGUGCACUCGGCGCGCGUUUGUAAUCAGUAGCUGGUGCAUGUCCUGCACUGAUUGUUUUAGGUGGGUUUGGAAUUAAAUAAAUGUCAGAAAGGGCUGAGGCUUAAACUCAAUUUGCACUGAAAAGACGACGUGCACAUCUGGGAUUUGUCGGAUGUUAGUUUGUGCGUUGGCUUUAAAAGCUGUUGAAUGUGUCAUGUCCUGGAUUAAAACAUUAACCAUUGCAUAAUGUACUUUUUUAAUGAAUUCUAAUAAAGUUUUUGUUAUGA